GAGAUGUAUCGCAGUUGGCGCUCCGGUGUAAUCCCGAUUAGCCCCCUCCAUACACGGUAAUCUCCCGUCUGCAGGACCGGGCCCCACCCAUGGGCGGACUGCCAGGAAGUGACCGACUUGAGUAGAAAGAACUCGGCUCCGGAUAGCGAGGGGAGAGCGGGCGCAGCAUGGGAUGGGGGCGCGGCGGGCUCGGAGCCUGUGGCUGCUGUUGCUGGUGUACGCGGCGCUCAUGCUGCUCUUCCUCUCGGUCAUGUUACAUGAAGGCUGGCGGAGCGGCUCGGCUGAGCAGGACUACGAGGUGGGAUGGAACCGAUCACCUCCCCGGCGGCUCUGCCCGGACCUGGACCAGUCUCUAUGGGAAUAUGAUGGGACUGAGGAAGGUGCGGUGUCCCCGCUGCCCCGUACACACGUAUACCUGCACGCCACCUGGCGGAGCGGCUCGUCCUUCCUAGGGGAACUCUUCAAUCAGCACCCUGGCGUCUUCUACCUGUACGAGCCGGCUUGGCACAUGUGGCAGUCCCUGUACCCCGGAGACGCCGAGAGCCUGCAGGGGGCGCUCCGGGACUUGCUGGGCUCCUUGUUCCGCUGUGACUUCUCCGCGCUGCGGCUGUAUGCUGGGGACAACCUGACUUCUGCAGGAUUGUUUGGCUGGAAGAGCAGCAAAGUGAUCUGCAGCGCCCCAUUCUGUUUAGCCGCUGGGGGACGGAGGGACAAGGUGGGACUGGUGGAGCCCAAAGACUGCGAACAGCGCUGCCCAGCACGGCCCCUGCGGGACUUGGAGGCGGAGUGCCGGCGCUAUCCCGUGGUGGUGAUUAAAGACGUGCGGCUACUGGACCUGUCCUUACUACAGCCACUGCUGCGGGAUCCCGGCCUCAAUCUGCGGGUGAUACAGCUGUUCCGGGACCCCAGGGCCAUACACAACUCCCGGCUCCGCUCCAAGCGCUCCCUACUGCGGGAGAGCCUGCAGGUGCUGCGCAGCCGCCUGAGAGGAGCCGACCCGGCCAGCAAAGCGCUGCAGCAGCAACAGCUGCACCGCGGAGGAGUGGACUACCUGCUGGCCGAUUCGCUGGAGGUCAUCUGCCAGGCCUGGCUGCGGGACUUACUCCUUGUGCGGGGUCACCCCCCUCUCUGGCUCCGACACCGCUACCUAAAGGUCCGCUAUGAGGACUUGGUGCUCUCCCCGCAAAAGGAGCUGCGACGCCUGCUGCGCUUUACUGGGCUGCCAGGGUUACAGGAGCUGGAGGACUUUGUGCUGAACAUGACGCGGGGACGCAGUUACUCUUCAGACAAGCCCUUUCUGGUGUCUGCCCGCAAUGCCAGGGAGGCCAUAAACGCCUGGAGGGAGAGGCUGAGCAGGGCGCAGGUCCGCAAGGUGGAGGAGGCUUGUGGAGAUGCCAUGCAGGUGCUCUCCUACCAGCUGAAGGGGGGCUGAGUAUUGCCUCCUCCAGGAGCCCAGCCUCCGCGGAGACUACAUGGAAGGACACUGCACAAGCUAGUGCUCUCUGUUAUCAGACAGUUCGGGCUGCCUGCAGCUCCAUAAAGGGAUUAGUGACAGAAUCCUGGGUAUCUCUAGUGGUGAGGUGAAACCAGUGCAUACCUAAGUGUGAACAUUAGCAGCUGUGGCCCUUCUAUUCUGUAAACGCACAUAGUAUAAAUACUGUGGAUUUUCUAUGCAGACUUGCGCAUGUAAAAUCUGCAGUGCGUUACAGCGCCCGCCAUGUAGAAGAGGUGUUCACAAGUCAACUUUGCGCACAGAUUUUUUAAUCCAUAAAAUGUCAUUUUCUGCUGCAGGUUUCCCCCCUUUUUAGCAUAGAUCAGGAAAUUCAUUGUUAUAUACGAAUUGUGCACGUGCCAGGGAUGGACAGACAUGUGUCAUGACAAUCAGAAUGUAGCAAGUUUACAUUAUUUAUAUAUGGACUUUAUGAGGGUUAUGGAGCCACAAAUACAGACAUGACAAAAUAAAGAGCUGUGUUUUAUUAUGAAUUGAGAGCCUGUGUAGAAAUUAAAUAUUAGGCGUUGUUCACACUUAUUGUGGUCAGUGUUUGUAGCCAAAACCAGAGGUGGACUGACACAAAUAUAGCUAGAAAAGGUUUGCAACUUUUUUCUGUAUUUUAAACCCACUCCUGGUUUUUGGCUAAAAAUACAAACCAAAAUGCUGUGCAAACCCAGUAUAACUAAUGUUUGCUAUUGCACUCCUUAUGGUAAAAAAAAAUCUUUGUAAUGUACUUUGUUUA